GGGAAAGAGAGAGAGACGGGGAGAGAAGGAAAGGGCGAGUGAUAGCUAAAGAGAGAGAGAGAGAGAGAGAGAGAGAGAGAGAGAGAGAGAGAGAGAGAGAGAGAGAGAGAGAGAGAGAGGGGGGGAGAGAGGGAGAGAUACAUAGCCUACAGAGAAAGAGCAAGAGUAUAUAGUAAUAGUCCCAACACAGUGAAGUGAGCGAUGCCUUGAGCGCACAUCAGAGGCGACCGACCACUGAUGACGCAGUGUCAGGAGGAGAACAGCGCGCGUUUGGCCACGGAGUUGUUUGGUGCGCUUUGCCUGUGGAAAGGAGCUUUCCACCCACGCACUCUCUCGCGAACCCCCUCCCCCCCGUAUACACUUAACGAUGCCGGGACCCCAGUCAGGCUGAACCCAUUCUUACUGGAUCGGGGAGACGUGGAGUCCUUACAGCGGGGAUGUAAAAACGAGCUAAGCGGAUAUGACCGAGCGGAACGGACUGGCGACACACGGACAUGGUUACGGCUAAAACUAUCGUGAUUCUUUAGUCCACCGAUGGAGGAGCGCGGACGCACACACUGCCACCACCAGCAGGAGUCGGAAUAGCGAGGCUUGGGUUGCGGGGGGCGCACGCACACGAUGGACACUGCAGAGGCCAUGCUGAGUGUGUUGGUGGUGCUCAUCAUCCUCGUGUCGCUGCUGUCCAACGUGCUGGUGCUGGUCUGCUUCCUGUACAACCCCGAGAUCCGCAAGCAGGUGCCGGGUCUGUUUACGCUCAACCUCACCUUCUGCAACCUGUUGCUGACCGUGUCCAACAUGCCGCUCACUCUGGCGGGACUCGUCAACCGAGGCGCGCCCGGCGGGCACGGCAUGUGUCAGGCGGUGGGCUUCCUGGAGACCUUCCUGUCCACCAACUCCAUGCUGAGCAUGGCGGCGCUGAGCAUCGACCGCUGGCUCGCGGUGGUGUUCCCCCUGAGGUACCACUCCAAGAUGCGCCACCGGGACGCCGCGCUCGUGCUGGGGUACACGUGGGUGCACUCCAUGUCCUUCUCCACGGUGGCCAUCUGUCUGUCCUGGGUGGGCUACCACCGACUCUACGCGUCGUGCACGCUGUCCAGCGCGAGGGCGAGCAACCGGACGCAGUUCGUGGUGUUCACCGUGUUUUUCCACGCCUUCACGUUUCUACUGUCUUUUGUAGUGCUUUGCGUCACGUACCUCAAAGUGCUUCAGGUGGCCAGGUUUCACUGUCGGAGGAUCGACGUCAUCACCAUGCAAACUUUGGUGUUGCUGGUGGACAUCCAUCCGAGUGUUCGCCAGCGCUGCCUGGAGGAGCAGCGGAGGAGACGCCAGCGCGCCACCAGGAAGAUCAGCACCUUCAUCGGCACCUUCAUGCUCUGCUUCGCCCCCUACGUGAUCACAAGGAUUGUGGAGCUAUUCCCAGCCGUGCCUAUCAACCCUCACUGGGGGAUCGCGUCCCGUUGUCUGGCGUACAGCAAGGCGGCGUGCGACCCCUUCGUCUACUCCCUGCUCCGCCACCAGUACCGCAAGACCUGCAGUGACAUCAUCAACCGAGUGCUCAAGAAGCAGAGCUCCCAGAAUGCAACGGGGCCCGGCCAGCGGCAGAACCAGCACCAGGGCAACAGCAUACCGAGCGCGGAGUGACAGCCGUCAGCAGCCAGUCGCUGCCGAGAGUUCUGUCCCGCCCUUUUUUCUUCCGUCUCGGAGUUCGGAGACCGAAGAGUCGGGAGGACCGCCCGGGAAAAACCGAACAUCGAGGAUGAGGAAGGCGGUUCCUCGUCGGUGAGAAUGCGGUUGUGGGUCGGACUAAGGCGGCUCACUGAAGGAAGCCCUUCGUGUCAGGUUGGUUGAGCGAACGAGGAACGGGGCGGGGUCAAUGUUGACGCAAGGUUUCCCAUGUCCCCCGGCACCGGGGGGAAAAUGGCGGCUGUUUUUUAGCCAGAGCUCUGGACGCUCACACGUCAGUGUGCUGGAACCCGCUGAAACCGGCUGAAACCCGCUGGAACCAGCUGCCCCCCCACCCCCCCCCUUUUACCCAUCCACCCACCCAAACACCCCCACGCACACACCCCUUGCCCCCCCACCCCUCCCGGACAAACAGAUGCGCUCACACGGAACGAAACAUCAGCCAGUCAGCGUAUAAGCUCAUUGUCACGUGAUUAGAGUAGCGUUCCACUGUAGUAGAUGUUCUUUAUUUUGCACUGAUUUCCAGUGUUUUGACACUAACCACGAUGUGGAUGCGUGCGUGUGUGUGUGUGUGUGUGUGUGAGUGUGUGAGUGUGUGUGCGUGGGCGUGUGUGUGUUUGUAUUAUGAUGUGUUCAUGGAGUAAGGUACAUGGAGAGGCAGUAGUAAAUGUAGCAAUGGAAAAAAACACAAAUUAUUUAAAAACAACAUUAUGUAUAUCUAUAAAUAUAUUUUGUAUUUCGGAGGUGGAAUUGUGUCGGCGGAUAUUUGAGGCAUGCUACGAUAGAUUUGGCUCAGGUAUUUUUCGUUAUCCUGUGAUGAAAAAUACAGUUCUACGGAAGGUUGCGAUAAUCUUUUGUGUACAGGAUGUAUACAUUUGUACUCAUACUCGUAUAUAUAUAUAUACAUAUAUCAGGAGGAAAUAUUUUCUGUAAUUCAAACUGCUUGUGCUUUGUACAUAACUGAAGGACAACCACAUGCUGAGACAGUGCGUAUGUGUGAAUGUGUGUGCGGCGCGCGUCUGCACUCGUCUUUGUGUGUGUGUGUGCGGGCGUGUGUGUGCGUGCGUGCGUGUGUGUGCACGACUCAUGUUAGUGUGUGUGUGUGUGUGUGUGUGUGUGUGUGUGUGUGUGUGUGUGUGCGGGCGUAUGGCUGUGUGUCUGUGUGUGUGUGUGUGUGUGUGUGUGUGUGUGUGUGUGUGUGUGUGUGUGUGUGUGUGUGUGUGUGUGUGUGUGUGUGUGUGUGUGUGUGUGUGUGUGUGUGUGUGUGUGUGUGUGUGUGUGCGUGUGUGUGUGCGUGUUUGGUGCCUGUGCUUCCAUAGUCUAGUUUUAAGGACUCCGACCAGCGACCCCGUUGACUGACAGCUGCCGGCGGGCUGGUUUGAUCCGGUGGGGUGUAAGCAACAUUGCAUGCGUCAUGCCCAAUGCACGCACACACACACACACACACACACACACACACACACACACACACACACACACACACACACACACACACACACACACACACACACACACACACACACACACACACACACACAAACGCGGGCGCGAAGCAGCCAAAUCCGAGCGGGAAAUCGAUGAACUUUCUGAACUUAUGGUUCCACUUCAGUGGACAGAGAGAGCUGAGGCAGAAUCCAUCCAAACCAAUCUGCAGUUCAUUGGGCAGUGACAGUGGCUUGUGAGUUACGUAACUCCAGAUGACCUCCCCACCACUACAGCAAAUGCUUCUCAUCGCCUCAAACACAGACUGUUCAAAAAUUAUAUCACAAUGCUUUACAGACCCACAUAUCGCCUGGGCAUCGCCGCCACCACUCGUGCUAGCAAGGAUCACGGGAAGCUGUAUAAUCAUGAUUAUGUACGUCUUUUAAAUCAAUACGUGAGUGUCCCAACCCCGCCCCUCACAUCCUGCUGUGAUUGUCACGUUUUUAAUUUUCAGUUGUGACAUAUUAUGGGAUGUAUUUAUUAAGCCCUUCACAGUGCAGUACAGCGUUCUAUUGGUUGGUGACCACAGAGAUGUAGCUCCUCCCCCUCCCGCAUGCUGUGUUCCACUGGUCGUCAUUCAUUGGUUGAGAGUGUCAGAAGGUCCGCCCCUCUGCAUCAGAGGGCUUUCCCUUACUCUGAUCGGUCAGUUCUCGAGGACAAUAUUAAUAAGUCGGCAGUUGAAUUCCCACACUGUUGAAGUCUUGACGGUUGUUCUGUUGCUCUGUAAAACACAUUCUGUUUUGCCGCAAUGUCUCAGUGAACAGAACAGCAUGGAAGACAGUCCUAGUCUCAGAAGACAGAUGAUUGGCUCGCAUUGUUUUGCAAAAACCUCCGGUCUACACGCUGUUCUUAUGGUCGCCAUUUACUGGGUCAAAAGAACCGGAUCCGAAGAAUUUGUGACCGAUCAUGUAUUUUCAAGAACACCGUGUCCUGAUUGGUCGAAAUACGCCGGAUCCGGUUCCGGAUUUCUGGAUGCGGUUACUCCGAGAUGUAACCGUCAGCAGCACAGACCUCUAGUCCGGAGUGUUUCAAAUUUGCGAGCCUCGCAAAGUCUUGAGAGAGUAACACUGGAGACACAAUAACCGAAUGAUCGUUAUGGUCACACUAUGAAAGCCAAAAACCAAGAGCUUGGAUUCGUUUUGUUGGAAUAGAUGGCGGCCAGCCCAUCUUCAACAUCAUGGUAGUCAUGGUAACUGUUGGAGAUCGUAGAAACACCGUCACUCCACACUGUGGAAGAUUUUGGAUUCAAUGUUUGUGAUGCCACGGCACAAAGGUGAUUGUCCCGAUUAUGUAUGAUUAUUAUAUAUUAUUACACAUUAUAUAUUCACCGGAGUCUGCCUCUAUGAUUUUAUGACCUCAUUAUUCUCUUCAUGUAACACGCUAGGCACCAGUAUGGAAGAUAUUUAUAUUCCCAGAAGUGAAACAUUGUUAUUAAUGUGUGAAUAGUUGGUUAGUAAACAAACUGAAAUGGAAAAAGAAAAAAUCUUGAGAGAAAAAAAACUGUAUUUUUGUGUCUUUUGAUAUUUAUGUAAUUUAUGACAAUAAUUGUAAUAUUUGUUACGGUGUCAAAAAAAUCGCUGCUGAGUAAUACGUGUUGACCGUGGUUGAUAGGUGACCAUGUCAUGAGUGUUGUACUUCUCUGUGGUGUGAUGGAUAUAGACUUGAUUUGGCCCCAGGAAGUUUCAGUGAUACAUGUUCAUGUGUCACCUCAUUUCUUCUAUCCUGGUCGGCUUCAUGCUGCUAACAAUGUGGAGUGAGAUGUUCUCAUGUGGACACUGGAGCAGGUGGUGAUGAUGAAGAUGAUGAUGAUGAUGAUGAUGAUGAUGAUGAUGAUGAUGAUGAUGAUGAUGACAGGGAGAUACCGCCAUGUCUGUCAUGUUGGUUACAGGAGGGUUGUGGUUGUAAAAGUUCAAAUCAUGACAAUGAAUAAUAAAGUAGACUUUCUGUG